AUGAACCAGCAAGAGCAGAUUUCCCGCCAGUCCGAGACUGAGACAACCCCUCUUCUCCACAAGCAUGCUCACAACACACCCAACCAACACCAACAAACUAACCCCAAAGAAGGUCCAGUCUCGCCCGAGAACAGCGCAAGCCUCCCCAGUCGAUUAACUUUUUGGUGGCUCAAUGGCCUCUUCCGGAUCGGGUACUGUCGUCAGAUCCAAGAGGAAGAUCUCUACCAAAUACUGGAUCGUCGUCGGUCUGAGGUUCUCGGACAGGCCUUGUUUGAUAAUUGGGAGGCUGAGAGGAGGAGUGCUCAGUUGAAGGGUAGAAGACCUUCGCUCUUGAUGGCCUUGUUUUGGUCGUUUUGGAGGCGGUACCUUCCUGCCUACAUCUGGCUCGGGUUGGCAGAUUUCUCCCAGAUUGUCAGCCCUUCAAUCAUCAGGCUGCUGCUCAUGUUCCUACAAGACUCCCAGACACAGAACCCUCCCCCACCAGCCAUCCAUGGAUACGGACUCGCCCUCACUCUCCUCUUCCUCUCCUUCAACCUAAUCAUAUGUGCCCAACGCUGGGGAAUCACCACCGUCAACACCGGUAUCUACAUACGAACCGCCCUCAUCGAUCUCGUCUUCCGCAAGGCAACUACACUGUCGGCUAAAUCCCAUAUCCGCUACCCGGAUGGAUCCAUCAUUAACUUGAUGUCGACCGAUAUCAGUCGCAUUGACAGUGCCAUGAUGCCCUUCUCGAUCCUCUUUUCGGCGCCUAUUUUCAUUUUGACUAUUAUGGGGAUAUUGGUGCAUAUGAUGGGUCCUGCUGCGUUGUUAGGCGCAGUGCUGCUGAUGUUGUUGAACCCGAUUCAGGCCUGGGGAAUCGCGAGGUUGGGACCUGUUCGCAAGAAGGCAUCGCAAUUUACAGACUCGAGGAUUAAGCUAUCGUCUGAGAUCUUGCAAGGUGUCAAGGUCAUCAAGUUCUUCACUUGGGAGAACAAUUUCCUCUCCAAGCUAACCGGCGUCCGUGUCGAGGAGCUCGCUCUUGUCCGCCGCAUCCUCCGUAACUGCGGUCUUUUGACCACCACCUCAUCUGCGGUGCCUAUUUUCGCCUCUGCGUUGACAUUCGUCCUGUACGCCGCGCUGGGCCAUGAACUGAAACCAGAGAUCGUCUUCCCAGCACUCGCCUACUACGCGGUCAUCCGCGUCCCACUCUCAAUCGUCCCCAACUGCUACACCUCUGCAACCGAUGCAUACGUCGCCAUCAAACGUCUGGAGGAGUUCCUCCUCUCUGAAGAUGGACCCGCCGACACCCUGUCGGCCAUUGAUGAGACUGCGGAGCAUGCUUUGGUCAUGGAAGAUGCGGACUUUAUCUGGGAGACGCUCUCGGAAACCAAGGAUGAUGAAAUACAGAAUGCACAGAAGAAUGUCCCCUAUCUGAACAAGGUCAACCUCAAGAUACCACGAGGAUCUCUCGUUGCGAUUGUGGGACCCGUCGGAUCUGGCAAGUCCUCUCUCCUCCAAGCCAUGAUAGGAACCAUGACCCAGUCCUCUGGUCGGAUCGUUCGAGGAAGCGCAAUAAGUUAUGCAUCUCAAACACCCUGGAUCCAAAACGCCUCCAUCCGGGAUAACAUCCUAUUUGAUCGACCGUUUGACGACAAGCUGUACUGGAGAGUCGUCAGGGCAUGCUGUCUCCUUCAGGAUCUUGAUUCCUUCCCGGCGCGAGAUUUGACAGAGAUUGGGGAGCGUGGCGUGAACCUGUCUGGAGGUCAAAAGGCGAGAUUGUCUUUGGCACGCAGUGUUUAUUUCACUGCGUCGUCUGGUUCGGGAGGAAUGAUUGUGAUGGACGACCCCUUGUCGGCUGUAGAUGCUCAUGUCGGGAAACGACUCUGGAAGGACUGUGUGCUGAAGGAGUUGAGAAGUCAGACUCGAGUGAUUGCAACUCACCAAUUGCACAUCUUGCCGGAUGUCGACUAUGUGGUCUGCAUGAAGGAUGGUGUUAUUGUCGAGAAGGGAACCUUCCAGGAGUUGAUGCGCAAGGAUGAAGGCGAGCUCAAGGGGACGAUGACUCAGUAUGGCGGUGUGUCCGAGUCAGCUACGAAGGACCAGGGGCAGCAGGAUGAGGAAACCCCGAGCAAUGGAAGCUCUGGUGUCGUAACCGAUCUGGAUGAACAGGAACAAGAUGCUCAAGGGAAGAAGAUCAAGAGUCCCAAGGGCGCAACACUGAUGAUAGAGGAGGAGCGCGAAUCGGGCGCUGUCGGCUGGAUGGUUUACUCUCACUACUUCCAAAUAGAAGGUCUGAGAAUGUGGGGUGCCGUUGUGGCAUGCUAUGUCAUCCAGCAGGCUUGCGGUCUCUUGUAA